AUGGCCAACGUUAUCCUUUCCAUCAAUGCCGGAAGCUCUUCAUUGAAGACGACACUGUUUGUGGAGGAAGAGAACGAGGGCAAAGCCAAAGGGCUACGGCGCUUGGGCAGUGCGGAAAUAUCUUCCAUCAAUGCCCCUCCUGCGCGCCUAAAAUAUCUUCGUGGCUCCUACAAAGACACCCGCGAAGUCGGCGACAUCAAUGACCACAACCACGCCUUUGAGCAUAUUUUGAACGCCUUCCUUGCUGACACCGAUAUCCCAGAGGUCUCCAGCAAGGAUGACAUCGACUACACGGCCCAUCGGGUGGUACAGGGAGGAAACUUCGAGGAAAACCAGUUUAUAACCAAGAAGACGUUGAAUAAGAUCAACAAGCUGUCAGAUCUGGCGCCCUUGCACAAUGCCUCCGCUGUCGGUCUCAUGCUGGCAUGCCAUGAGCAUUUACCCAAUGUCAUCAACGUCGCAUGCUUCGACUCCUGUUUUCACCAAACAAUGCCUGACUACGUCAAGAGCUAUGCCAUCGACCAAAAGAUUGCAAAAGAGAAAGGUCUGCGCAAGUAUGGGUUUCAUGGGCUGAGCUACCAGUACAUCACAAGAGCCACGGCCGCGUUCCUGGGCAAACCGGAAUCUGAGACGAACAUUAUUGCACUUCACCUUGGGAGCGGUGCAUCGAUGUGUGCAAUCCAAAACGGACUGUCAAUAGACACGACAAUGGGCUUGACCCCGGUCUCAGGGUUGCCAGGAGGUUCUCGGAGUGGAGAUAUUGACCCAAGUCUUGUCUUUCAUUACACUUCCGAUGCCAGUGCGCUGAGCCCGAACAGCACGAAGGAUCUUCACAUCUCCACUGCAGAAGAGAUUCUCAACAAACAGUCCGGAUGGAAGGCAUUAACCGGGACAUCAGACUUCGCAAAGAUUGCCGACCCGAACGCGCCGGACACUCACAAACUCGCGUUCAACAUCUUUAUUGACCGGGUCGUCGGAUUCGUGGGCAACUACUAUGUCAAACUGGGCGGCAAAGUUGAUGCCUUGGUCUUUGCCGGUGGCAUUGGCGAAAAGAGCUCCUACUUACGACAAGUGGUGAUCGGCAAAGUGUCGUGCCUCGGGUUCACGAUCGACGACGAGAAAAACAAGAAGGGCACGGAUGGAAAUAAUGUGGUCAACAUCGGCACCAACGGAACGAUACACACGUUGGUCUGUGAAACGGACGAAGACUAUGAGAUGGCUCAUUCGGUCCUGGCAAUGCUCUACAAGAAAUAA